UUGAACUGGGUUGGUUCGCGCCGGGGUCGCAUCCAUUUUGAUGCGUUCCCCGGCCUCGUGAGCGGUUACAUGUCUGGGUGGUUUUGAGAGCGUGAAUGAGGAGAUAUAUGGCGGGCUCAAAAAAAAGGAAAUACUCAAUGUGUGGGCGAGAAAGGGCGCGAGCUGUUGUGUUAAACUUUUCUUUUUUUCUCUCUUUUUUCACAGCCUCUUUUUUGCACAGCCUUUCCCUAUGCCGGCCGACUGGUACCAGCUGCCGUUGCCUGGGAAAGGUUGGGACAGAUGAGAAAUGGCUGGGGUGCGGAACAUGUAGGAAUAUAUCGCUGUUUUUCUCUCUUAUAUGUUUUGUUUUUUUGCCUUCUUGAUGGCGGUUCUUGGUUCACUCUCAGGGUCGAAAUCUUUACUUCUUCCCUCACCUUCACGCUCACGUACCUCACGUAUCAUGCAUGGUAUCUCGACUAGCUCC